AGCGGUUUCGUGUUCCAUCACCGAGUGAUGCAACACCCGGCCGGAUAACCGCGGUGGCGACACGCUGCCAGGGACAGGGCUCGCUGUGAAUGUGAGAUUGUCACUUGUGGAAUGCUGCAAAAGCGGAUGCUGUGUGCCCGCUCCCCCCACUUUCUCUUUUCCUCUUUCUUACCCCUUUCCCUUCCCUUUUUUCCUUUUCUCCUUCUUUCACUUCUCCCCCCCCCUUUCGUUUUCCUUUCCCUCUCCCUUUUCAUUUCUCCCCCCCCUUUCCCAUCUUUUUCCUCCUUUCCUUUUCUCCUGACCCCAUUCUCCCUGGCUUUUCCUCCCCUUCCCUCUCUUUUCCUUUAACCCCUUUAUCCUUUCGCUCCCCAUAACCCAGUGACCGCGGCAGUGCGGGGGUCCCAGCCGUGCACAGCGGGUUCCGGAGCCGUGUCGCCCCGGGGUGGCUCGGCCAUCAGCCCCACGGUGUCCCCGCUCCGGCCUCGCUCCUCCGCCAGCCCCCGUGUCUGUGCGGGGCCGUUCGCAGCCCCCGGUGCCGAUCCGGGUCGGGGGCAUUCCCGGCGGGGCGGGGGCAGCGCCGCUCCGCCCCCUUAGUGCGGAGCCGGCCCUAUAAGGGCGGCGGCGGCGGCAGGACUCAUGCAGAGCUUUCUCCGCCUGGAUCUAUCGCUGUUUGUCCCGGUACAGCCCAGCCAUGCCGCUGCCCCGCGUCCCGCUGCGAGCCCUGCUCCUGCUCGGCCUCCUCCUGCGAGCCGUCGCUACCGAGUCGGUGAGAGAAACUGAAACCAUGGAUGCUGGAUGGCUCGACUACCCUGCCUCUGGAGACUUGCCAGAUGAUGAAGACAUUGGUGAAUUCAGGCCUCGCUUAACCACUGAUGGAUUAGAUAUAGAUGAGACAUCUGGGUCAGGAGACUACCCAGACUCUGAAGAUGGCUUGUAUCUGACCACCAUGGAUACCCCUGUGAUAUCUGACAACUAUAUCCCUGGAGAUACUGGGAGAAAGAUAGACAGUGAAAAGGAAAACACAAUGGUGGACAAUGAAAUAAUUCCGGACAAAGCUGUACCUGUUGAAGAGAACCUGUCCAACAAGAUCUCCAUGGCAAGCACAGCCAACAGCAGCAUCUUUGAAAGAACAGAAGUCCUUACAGCUCUCAUUGCAGGAGGAGCAGUGGGUCUCCUGUUUGCCAUCUUCCUGAUCCUGCUCUUGGUCUAUCGCAUGAAGAAAAAGGAUGAGGGCAGUUACGACCUGGGGAAGAAACCCAUCUACAAGAAAGCUUCCACAAACGAGUUCUAUGCCUAAAGCAGCACCUUGUGCCCAUCAAGGGACAAACAAGACUGUAUGGAAACACUGUGCCCUCAGAUGAGAUGUCCUGAACAAAUGCUUUUUUAAUUUUUUUUCAUUGAAUUUCAAAGUGACUUUGAGAAAAAACAAAAUUCCUUCAUGACCCUUCCCAUCCCACUCAGCUAACAAGGGCCCAAUGAAAUACAAAGAGUCUGAAAAAAAACAAA